GUGCGCGCAAAGCGCCUGUCGUUAGAGUGCGACGACGACGAUCAACCAGAGCGCAGUGGAGAACUGCCAACAACAUCUCGCUGGAGAGGAUGGCUAGCUGAAUAUGUUGUCAUAAAAUACAACAGAACUAUAACCAGGCAUUGCUGUUCCAAACAUUAUAUAGGUAUUCCCUGGACGUGUUUUCACGUGUAACACACUCAAGAGGAUCCAUGUCUUUUCUUCGCUGGGUAUCUGAGAAACUGAGUGUGGAGAGCCUGCGGGAUUUGGAGUUAUUUGGAGAGCAAGCUCAGGGACUCUCUCACAGGAAAGCCCAUGAGGACAGCCAGGAGAGUCUGACCCCCCUCCCACGUCGGGACACCAUGGGCAGCUUCCUCCCUGACAGCAGCUCCUACGAGCUCCUCACCGUUAUCGGCCGGGGCUUGGACGACUUGAUGACAGUGAACCUGGCUCAAUACAAACCCACCGGGGAGCACGUAGCCAUCCGACGGAUUGACUUGGAGCCAUGCACCAAUGACAUGGUUACCUACCUGCAGGGCGAACUACACGUGUCAAAGUUGUUUCACCACUCCAGUAUUCUACCCUACAAGAGUGUCUUCAUAGCUGAGAAUGAGCUAUGGGUCAUCACCCCCUUCAUGGCUUAUGGGUCAGCCAGAGAUCUGAUCUGCACACAUUUUGCUGAUGGUAUGACUGAGCUAACAAUUGCCUACAUUUUACUGGGCAUGCUCAGAGCUCUUGAAUACAUCCACCACAUGGGAUAUGUGCACCGGAGUGUGAAGGCCAGCCAUGUGUUGAUCUCAGCUGACGGACAGGUCUGCAUGUCAGGUCUACGGAGCAUCUUCAGUCUGAUCCGUCAUGGCCAGAGGGCCAGAGUUGUCCACGACUUCCCCCAGUACAGCGUUAAGGUGCUGCCCUGGCUCAGCCCUGAGGUGCUGCAGCAGAACCUUCAGGGCUACGACUCUCGGUCAGACAUCUACAGCCUCGGCAUCACAGCCUGUGAACUGGCCAAUGGACAUGUCCCCUUCAAAGACAUGCCAGCUACACAGAUGUUGCUGGAGAAGUUAAAUGGAACGGUGCCGUGUUUACUGGACACUACCACUAUCCCACCAGAGGAGCUGUCAAUGAAACCGUCUCGCUCUGGUGCUGACUCCGGGAUCUGCGAGUGUCCAGGAGCUGGAGGUGGUCGCCACUCCAACGGAGAGCCCUCCUCAUCGUCGGGGGGGCACCCCUACAACCGGACGUUCUCCCCGCACUUCCACGCCUUCGUCGAGCUGUGUCUACAGCGAGAGCCAGAAAAGAGACCAUCUGCCACCACUCUCAUUGGCCAUCCCUUCUUCAAACAGAUCAAACGCCGGCCUUCGGAGGCGCUGCCUGAGCUGUUGCGGCCUGUGUCGGUUAUCACCAGCUUGGAGAUCUCCCAGCUGCAGGACUCUCCUUCUGGACUGGCCAGUCUGGAGUCAGGUCUCAGCCACCUGGAGGUGGACGACUGGGACUUCUGACAGUGGAGGACUAGGUGGGGAGUCGCUCGUGGUAUUCUGGUGAAAAACUUUCUGAGCAUACUGGACAAGAUUUGUUUUCGUAACGGUCCCCUUGUAAAUAAUUUAAAUCGCAAACUAAAAGGAGUUGCUGUUCUCAGACAGAGGUUAAAAGCCAGUAGCCAUCUUCAGGUUUUAAGUCAUCACAAACGUUUGUUCUCUACAUAUAAACAGACUCUUGCCAUCAGCAUUGCUCUGAUGACCUUUCUCUCUAACACACACAACCCAAAACACAUCAGGACUCCUGCUGUUACUGACGUUUCAGAGGACGAUCUAUUGUAGUAGAUGGAGACGAGACCUAAAAGUUUCUCAAAUGUUUAAGUUGGUAGUAAAUAUUCAGAGGCCACUUGAUGCGGCCCAUCUGCUUAGCGAGACCACCGUAAGGGUGCACACCGGACCUCACAGCUCACUCAGCCCCGCUCUACACCAGAUGGAAGGUUUCGACUUUGUCCCAAGGGUCAACUAAGUGAACAGCAUGUAUACACUUAGCUCUCUCUGCUUGUGUUACAGUGUAAACUACAUCUCAUGCUUUACACAUCACUUUUGUCCCGGAGAGCUUAAGCAUAACAUCAGUUUAGUUUAUCCUUCAGAGCAUAGCAGUUUGUAUUUCCUUGAACUUACUCUGGGUGUGUUACUUAUGUCAGAAGUGAACGUUACAUUGGUGCUUGUUUUGUCUGCAUGUACAUUUGAAAGUGAGGGCAAAGCAAAUUGUUGCAAGUGUCAAACUUGACUUUUAACAAUAAACAUUGUUCACGUU